CACUGUCAUCAACUGUCAUAUGAAAGUUGAGUCGCGGAUUCGAUUUUAUUUCAAUUCCAUUCGUAAAUCUAUAAAAUCUAAUAAGAUUUUUAUAAAAAAAAUGUUUUAAUUCUCACACACGUUAAAAUAUCGUAACUCCCGUAUUUCUGAAACUACAUUUUCACAAAUAUAUACAUCGCCGGCGAGAUGUCGAAGUGGCAAUCGGAGAGAAGUAUUCACGAAAUGUUGAAAGAUACUCCACCGAUUAGAGAAUCCAGUGAUUCUAUCACGUCGGGUACUGAAGCUAAAUUCCCCACAUCCAGGUCUAUGCCUUUUCCACCAGCUUAUGCUCCUCCAGAUGUCUCUCAAAAUGGAGCUGCCGGUAGCGGCACACUGCUCCGUGCUGGGUCAUCCAAGCUGGAGUCAAUACGCAACUGGGGGGUUUCCACAUACAAGUGUACCAAGCAGAUUCUAUAUGAAAAACUUGGUAAAAGCUCCAGGACUGUGGACACAGAACUGGAAGCGCAAAUAGAAAUGUUGCGCGAGACCCAGCGCAAGUACAACGGCAUACUGCGACUGAGCUCUGCACUGACUGCUCAGCUCACGGCAGCGGGGCACACGCAGCGCGCUCUAGGGGAGGCGUUCGCGGAACUGGCGCAGAAAUCGCCCGAGCUGCAGAACCAAUUCCUUUACAACGCGGAUACUCAACGCUCUCUGACUCGGAACGGUGAAACUCUCCUCGCAGCUCUUCACUUCUUCAACAACUCCCUCAACACUCUCACCAAUAAGACCAUAGAGGAUACUCUACUCACCAUAAGACAGUAUGAAGCGGCCAGGGUGGAAUACGACGCGUAUCGCAGCGAACUAGAAGCUAGCGGCGGCAACCCGCCCGAAGUGUUGCUCGCCAACAUCGAGCGACACCGGCGACACUACGAGCGGCUGCGAGACGACUCCGCCGUCAAACUGAGGCUGUUGCACGAGAACCGGGUGAAGGUGAUGAACAAGCAACUACUGCUAUUCCACAACGCCGUUUCGGCUUACUUCAGCGGUAACAAUGUAGCUUUAGAAGCGGCUGUGAGGCAUUUCCACGCGCCUUCUACGCCGGCCCAACCGAGACCAACCACAUAGGAAACGGAAGAGGCGGGAAACGAAACAACUAGCCAGCAAUAGAUGAAAUUGGACUAGUUAUGGCAAGUCACUAGUUAUUAUGUUCAGUAAUAAAGGUUUUGUGUUUUGGUGAGUCACGAGUUUUGUACUAGUUUUGGUGAAAAAAUUUGCACGAUAGGACUAGUUAUAGGGGUCACUAGUUUUCACCACUUGUUAGAUUUUGUUAAAAUAAUUAUGUUGUCUGUUUUGACGAGUCACGAGUUUGCAUUAGUUUCGAUGAGGAAAAUGGCUUCGAUCUUUCAAAAUUAUUGAAUGCAGAGAAAUGAAUUACUAUUGCUUUUAAGUAAAGGUGCCAUGGCA